UUGGACAACUAUAACAUUACCUCAUUAAUGUUUGUACAAUGUUCUUUAAACUAUAAAUGGAUUUUAAAGAAACUAACUUGAUUAAUAUAUAGUAUAUAUUUAUAUAUAGCAUAAUCUUGUUUAAAAUAUUUAUUAGAUAUAUUUAAAUUUGUGAACAAUUCUUGUUGGUCGAGGAAAUUUUAUCUUGUUAAAUGUAUGCUUUGAAGCUGGUUGGGAAUUCCCUUAUGAUAUUAACAGUGAAGUGAAGAUCUAAAUGUCUUUAUCUAUUCAAUUUUGCAACAGGAAGGUUGUCGAAUACUGUGUUGCUGUGAGUUGGAGUUUGAAUUUUACUACGUCUUUUAGUGAGUUUAUACGAAAACUGAAAUUUACUUGACUAAAGGAAAAUGUCGAGCAGGGAUGAGGACGACGAUGCAUCCCGGGCAAGCUUACAGAGUUCUAGCGACAGUGAGAGUGAAAGUGAUGCCUCGCCAGCUGCAAGUGAUAGUCAAGAGCCCAAGCAGAGCGUCACUGCUGCUUUCAAACAUGAGUUGGAGAAAGAUGAGGAGGUGGCAAACUCCUUGGGCAAAUUCCUUGAAGAGUUUGAUGUGAAGGCCCAGGAUGAAAUAAAAAGGAUGGUACUAAUCCUUGAGAAGACAUUUGAAAAUCUGGUUAAUAUCGUCUACGAUGAUAUAACGCCUUCCCUUUCGAACGGAACACAAUUUAUAGUUGAUGGGGACAUGCUUCUCAUCAAUGCCAUGGCAGACAAAAAUUACAGCCAGAGCUGUGGUGGCCAACUGCUCCAUUUGAUUUAUUUAUGUGAGCGACGCUUGAGAUUUUUUGUUCAAAAGGAUGGGGUCUUUCAGAUUGUUUUUUUCCGGAAAUGGUACCAGCUGUGGAAAGAGUUUCCUGUAAUACAACUUGCUCGUAUGGCUUUAAUAACUCAUUUCAAACACAACAUGAGCUAUAGUGUGUAUGAGUUUGACUCGGUUUGGCACCCUAAGUUCAAGCAACACCUCAAUGUAUCCAGGCCACCUUUUAUUUUGAUGGACUUGAACUUUGACCACUACCCUGAUGCACUGCCUGUCAAACUUAUAUUUUUGGCUGAAACUUUGUUCACUUUGUCAUCAUCUGUGUUGUGCAUUGACCUUAAUGGUUUGAAGCUGGAUAUUUCAACGCUCAUUGCAUUUAGUGCCACACCUAAGUUCACCCUAAAGAGUAUGCUGCUGAAACAUUUCAGGAAAGUGGUCAACUGCAUUGAGUCAUCGGUCAAUGAGAGUCUACUGGAACCUACUGAUCAUGGGCCAGACCCCCUGCUAGAAUUUGAUCUUGACAAAUAUAUUACUCUUUCAACUGCAGUAUCCAUGCUGCAAGAGCAUAAUGUCUCUCAUGAUUUAAUACGGCUUUAUCUUGUGUACAGUGCUGUGAAAAGAUGGCUUCCUCUCACAUGUAGAGGUUUUAGUAGUUUGAAAACUAUUCCAAUUGAACUGUCGAGCUUUGUGUCCACACUGCAUAAGAAAAUGAGUUCAGCUGUAUGUGAAGCAGUUAAUUGUGGAGUGAACAUGACACAUAUUGCAGACAUCUGGCAAGGAAAUUUAUUUGCUUCAAUACUUAUCAUGCUGUCCACAUCUGACACAUCAGAAACAUCUAUUAUUUGGAGCAAUAGUCUGGGUAAUCACUACAAAGAACUGGUAGCUGAAACGUGUGAGCGAGCAAAAACCUCUUUAUCUGCAUUUCCUGUAAUUGGAGGACAUGUGAAAUGGCUGGAUGAACUGGAAUCUGUUGAUAGUUUGGUUCAAAUUAGAUUAGAGAUGGAUGAAAUGCAUGAAAAGUUUCCAGUUUCUUGCAGUGUGCUUGAACAGUUCUGCAAUGAUUCCCUUUUGCGGCCACUACAUCUUUCUGAGAGAGAGAUGUCUACAGUAAUGAAAUACUAUAAAAUAAAUACUGAAUUUGAUGAAAUACGUCACUACCACUCAAGACGACCACUUACUGAUGAGGUGGACAGAACACCUAAUAGUUGGAACAGUGGGAAGUCAGCUGAUCCACGGGAGCAGAGGAAAAUAGAUAGGUCUAACCACAUGUUUGUCAGAUUUUUAGAGAAGUAUGGGAUGAAUAUGGAAGGUAACGUACAGAAUCCAAGAACAAUUGUUUGUGUGCAGAACCAGAAAUCCAAGAAUAGCCAGAAGAAAGAUAAAAAGAGUAAAGUGAGCAGUAGUGGGCAGCGAAUAAUAACUGCAAAAAAAGAAGUUGACAACAACAAAAGAGAAGCGGAAGAUAUAAAUCAGGUACAACAGUUUAAUAAGCAGUUUAAGAACAUGAUGACAGCAUCAGAAUAUUCCAAGGCAGAGUGUGAGGCUGACAGAGUGUUACAGAGGCUCAAUAUGCAGCAGUCUAAGUGUAAGGUACUCCUGUGUAAAGCUGAAAUUUACUAUAAAAAGUGGGCGGAGAUUUGCAGUGCAAAAAAUAAGCAAGAUUUAACAUAUGCAAAGAAAUUGUUCCUCACAUUGAAGACUGUUCUUAAGUCACUUGUGCCCAAGAAGAAAAUGCUGACUAAUAGUGAAAUUCAAACUAUCCUUCAACUUUGUCCCAAAGAAACAAUAUCACUUCCACAUAGUGACUUCAAAGCUAUCAUGCAUUUUGCACCUCAACAAAAAAAACUGCCAGGCAGUGAACUCAUCGUUUUGGUUCAGAUUAUGCUUAGUGAGAAUAUGACAUUGCCAGAUGACGUCCUUAAAAAGAUGGUUCUCAUACAUUUGCCUAAGGGAAAGUCAACUCUGCUUAAUAGUGACCUGAAAAUUGUUAUCCAAAUUGUGCCUGAAGGAGGAGCAGUAUUUCCAGGCUGUGACCUUGAGACUAGUUUGAAACUUGUGCCUAAAAAAUUUUCAAAGUUGCCAGAUAGUAUAGUUAAAGCCAUCCUGCAACUUAUUCCUGAAGAAACUGUAACACUGCCCGAUAGUGACCUCAAAAAUAUUGCAAAAUGGUUGAUUGAGCUUGGCUUUGAUGAAGUGGUACGGAAGUUGGAGCUGCCUUUACCACAUCGUACCAGAACCGAUCUAACUACAGGAAUGUCUUCGGUGGAGUUCCAAUUGGAGCAUUUAGGUCCAGAGUUAGAUUGUGAUACGAGCGGUGUACCUGAUAGCCGAGUGGAAGGGUUUGUGCCCGAUGAAUGGCAAAGAAAGUUGUUUGACAUUGUUGAUAACAGGCAGUCUGCUCUAGUAGUAGCACCAACGUCGUCAGGCAAAACAUAUGCAUCUUACUAUUGCAUGGAAAGUGUUCUGCGUGAGAGCAAUGAUGGGAUUGCAGUUUAUGUGUCUCCAACAAAGGCUCUAGUAAGUCAGGUUCAUGCAAGUAUUUAUGCUAGGUUCAAGAACAAGUCAAUGCCCCCAGGUAAGGCGGUUUGUGGGGUGUUUACAAGGGAAUACCAGUACAAGGCGAUGGAAUGUCAGAUUCUUGUCACUGUUCCACAAUGCCUAGAACUUUUGUUGUUGUCUGCAAGGAGACACGACUGGGUGCUUCGAUUGCGUUACGUCAUUCUUGAUGAAAUACAUUGUUUGGCUGGGCAAGCUGGAGGAAUUUCAUGGGAGCGUUGUUUGUUGAUGAUCCGCUGCCCAUUUCUAGCCCUCUCUGCCACCAUAGGAGGCCCAGAACGAUUCCACCAGUGGCUGCAAAAUGUGGAAAAUUUCAAAGCUGAAAGAGAUGCUGGAGAUAACAUAACGAGAGGGCGGGAUUCGUAUUCGGUGAAGUUGGUAACUCAUACUGAUCGCCAUGCUGACUUGAUCAAGUAUGUUUAUUUGGAUGGUGAAUUCAAACAAGUACAUCCCUAUGCAUUUGUGGAUGACACAAUUGCAGCUAGAGAGCAGGGCAUUCCUGAUCACAUAACAUUAUCCCCAAGUGAAACUUUGCAAUUGUAUAAGGUCAUGUCUUCUGUGGAAAAUAAUCUGGAUAUUCCAGAGCCAGAUAUAUUUUUCUCAUCAUCUGAUAGUGGAUUUUUAGCCAGAUCAUUGGUAAGAAUCUAUGAACAACAGUUAAAAGCAAAACUAACAAUUUGGGCGAGUAAUGAUCCUGAAAAAUAUCAAGAAGUUCAUGAACAGCUGAGUUUUGGAUUGGAUAUACCAGCGGAAAGUGAUCCCAAGGAAAUUGUCAUUAAACUAUGCAAUGAAUUGGCAUUCACUCUGAAACAAAAGGAGAUGCUACCAGCACUUAUAUUUUCAUACAGCAGAAAUAUUAUUGAAGUAGCUUGUCUUUCGGUAACGGAAGAAUGUAAAAAGUUAGUAAUUGCAAAAGCUACACAAAAACAAUCAAAAUUUGAAGAAAGAGAACAACGAAAGGCCCUGGAGAAACAAGAAAAAAUUCCAAAAAGCUAUGAGAUAAAAUCCCUUGACCUUUUAGAAGGACAGGGUUUUUUCAGAAAAAAGGGAACAGUUGACCACAAGGACCUUGAGUUUGUUGAAAAGAGACUACUCAGAGAAGGUAUGAAGUCCAAUUCUGUAUUCAUUGAAGGUCUACGCCAAGGUGUUAGUUAUCAUCAUGGAGGGUUAAGUCGUAUCAAGAAAAGUGCUGUUGAAAUGAUGUUUCGCCUAAAGGUUCUGAACCUUGUGUAUGCUACGGGCACACUAGCUCUCGGUAUACACAUGCCUUGCCGUACAGUUGUGCUGGCUGGUGACUCACAAUACAUCAACUCCCUCGAGUACCACCAGAUGUCUGGCCGAGCUGGAAGAAGAGGUUAUGACAUCUAUGGAAACGUGGUCUUCAUGGGCCUUGGGCACCGCAAGAUUAAGACACUGUUAACUGAUAAUUUUCCAGCGAUGAAAGGCAACUUUCCUCUCUCUGUGGGAACUGUGCUAAGAUUGCUGCUGCUAUCAAGCCGUGUUACCUCUAGGGGCGUUCAAAGUGAUGCUGUUACUCAAGACGCUCUUUCCAGGGUGCUCACUUUGUUGAACUGCAGUAUGGUAUAUGAAGAUAAUCCAGAGAUGAAGCAGCAAAUGAAGUUCUUUUUUGCUUUCUCCACUUUACUGCUAAUGCUUCAGGGUUUCGUGGAUAGGCUCGGGAGCCCGCAGAUGCUGUCCAGCAUCGUGACGCACCUGCACUACCACGAGCCCGGGAACCUGGCGUUUGUGUUCCUGUUCCGGACGGGAGUCCUGCGUAAGCUGUGCGGCGAGAGCAAGGGUGCAAUCUCCAAGCAGACCCAGUUGGAUCUGGUGCUGGUCCUCAGCUACCUGUUUGCCCACAUGCCGCUGCACAGCAACAUGGAGAAGGCAAAGUUCAGGAAUUCAGUCGUGAGGUUGCCCAAACUUCCGGCAUAUGUAAAGGAAUGCCUGCAAGAAUAUAAUAAGCAAGUUAAGUUUGUAUUCAGACAGUACUUUCAAAGUGUUUCCCGCUACUGUGAAGAAACUAUGGGAUCAGAUAAUAAGUUGCCUCUGUCUGGUAUAGACUUCUCGUCUCCUGUUGCAGAACUCACGGACAAUUCUUUGGAGAGCAGGCUAGCGGCCACUAGCGGAGACAGGACUAUCUGCUCGUCUUUUGCUGCGUUAUCUGGCAACACAGAUGGUGACCUCUACAAUGAAACACAGCUUAUUUCAAAUAUACGUCACCAGGUAUUCACAGAUAUGAAAGUGGUUCCGCUCGUUGACCUGGACACGACUUUGAAUGGAUACGCCUGGGACUUCUACAACCACGGCAUCGUGUCGGCCAUUGUGCACGACAACAAACUGAAAUCUGGCUCUGAGUUCGACAAGAUCAGAGAUUUUAUGUUGGUCCUCAAAGCGAUUACCGUGACGUUGGAGGAUCUGGAGCCCUGCGAUUCAGACGACCCAGUCGUAAGAACUUUUCGCACGGUCACGGACAGAUUCGUCGACCUCAUCAGGAAAGGCUUUGGUGGCGGAGCAUAAAAGUGAUAUAUUUUAGUUCCUUUUUCUGCAAAAAUCAUGGUUUUCAACAUAAUCUUUUUGAAAUUAUUUUUAACUUCCAAUUUUACUUACAGUGCAGCUAAUGACAUGUAGUCUGUAAUAAUAAUAAUGCACAGUUUAAUAUUUAAUGUUACUGAAAUGCAGAUUACCUGUUGUUUAUGCUAGAUGUUGAUACAGUUUAUUGAACUUUCAAUCACAUCAGGUUCCACGUGGUGAUAUAAUCAAGAUUUUUGUUAUGUUAAUUUUAUAUUUUGUUCCUUAAGGUAUGUGUGUCAGAUGUGAGCACAAUGUACUUAAAAAAUGUGGGUGUCAACCGCUUUUUGUUUUGAUUAAAAGUAAGUAAGAUAACCAGUGGUCUGGACAAAUGCCAAUGUUUAGACUGGAUAAGAUUAUUAAAGUACAGGAUUCCAUCUAUAAAAAAUAAUGCAUAACUGAUGGCAACAUAUUCCAAUUUUUUUUGUAACUGUUUUAGAAUAGUCAGCAGUUACUAAAUUGCUUAUAAUUUAGUUAUAAUUCAGGAUUGUUGGUACUAUGUUUUCAGUUAUAACCUUUUGCUAAGUACCUGUUGUUAAGCAAUUUUAUCAUGGAUACUUAAGUGUUUUAAAAAUAGAAGUGCCUUUGUAUUUCUCUGACUACAAUAAUGUAUUUGUCAUAUUUUUAUGCACAUAAUGUAAUUUAUGAAUUAAUUUUGUGCAAUAUAGUUAGGAAUUCUUGCAUGGUAAUUGAUUUAUGGCAGGCUGUUAAUAAUGUAGUGUCAUCUAGGUUGUACUGUUUUUAGUUAAAUAGUUAUUCAUAUUAAAUUCUAGCAUGGUAAUAGUUAUGUUAUCUUUAAUAUUUUACUAUUUUUUUUAAAUGUUUUAUUCUAGCAUUGUAAUAAUUUCCAAGUUUACCAUUUGUAGGCAAAAAGCUUUUAAUCAUGUAUAUUAAUGUGGGGUUUUUAGCUGUAUUUUUUAAUAUUCACAAAGUACCUGUUGUGUAGAAAUUUUAGUUACUAAGUGCUUUAAAAAUAUAAGUGCCUUUGUUAUUUCUCUAUCUACAUUUUAGGGUUGUGUGUUCAUACUGAGUUUUAAGAAAAUGUUUCAUAUGAAUAUUAUGAGUGAACUUAAUUUUAAGCAUUGUUAAUAAUUAUAGUGUCAGGGUGGCCACAUAAAUGGGAAAAAGCGGGAAACAUUGAACUAGCUGGGUAAUUUAUUUGUUGCUGGGAAAACGUGAGAAACCUGUGGUUUUUUUUUUAAAGCAAUCGGGAAUAUUUGUUUGUCUAGCAAGUAGAAAAGAGCUUAAUUGAAAAACUGCUUGUCAGGCCUACGAACUUGCGACAUUUUUAAAACACUUUUCACUGCUUAUCUGAGAAACUACACGCUGUGCCUACAAACGUAUACCAUUUUUGAGCACCGUUUACUGGUCUGGUGCUGAUGUGAGGAAUGCCACACUGUGGGUGGUCAGCGAUUAGCAGAGCGGGAGGAAGUCACCAAAGUCACCACUCUGUUUCUUUUCUUUCUUCUCUCCUGUUUCUUGUUUUACUUUCACACCAAUGGUAAUGAUAAACAAAAGCUACGACUUUAAACUUUUAUCUUGAUUUGUCACGUGAAUGACUGGAGGCAUUAUUUAACAUGGAAUAAACUAGACAAACUAAUGGGUCCAUAAUUUUUUUUCCUUGCUUUAUUUUAAAAAUUAAGUUUUCUAAAGGGUUUCCCAAGAAAAAAAAAUGUUAAUUAAAAUUUUACCAGUUCAAUUAGUUUUAUUUUUUUAUAGUUAUAUUUGAUUUAUAGUCAGUAUCAAAGAGAUUCUUAGUUAAUACCUAUUUAAAAAAAAUAGGCUGGGCAAGUAGGAAAGUACUUUCAUAACUGAAAAUUCAUAAUGUUUAGAUUACAAUGAUUAAAAUUUUCUCUAUGAAGAAUUUAAGUAAGGAACAUGUUUUUAUCUGCUCAACUAACUAAAAUACUGGUGAGAAUUUUAAUUGUGCCACCCAUAUGGUUUGUUGUAUUAUUUAUACCAGUGCGUAUUUUCUUAAAAGUUUACUGUUGAUUGCUACUGUCAUAGUUAAACAACAUACAAUAGCUACUAAAUUAUGUUCAGAACAUGCACAUUUUGUUUUACACAGAAGUAAUAUAAAAUGGUUGGUAUUUAUAUGAAAGUGUUAAUUUGGUUUCUGCUCUGAUGUAACCAACAUGGUUAGCUGCAUUACAUAUCAGUUUUUUUAUUAACAUAGUAACAUUUUAUGAAAUUUCUUAGAAAAACCUUAAAAAUCCUGAUAAAACUUGUAAUUAGGUUUUCCAAUAUAGUGACCACCUGUAGUGUGUUUUAGACUUUUCUUGUUUUGUAGUUAAACAUUUUAAUUGGGUUUAUAAAUGUAUUGUUUUUGACUUUUUUAUUGUGUGUACAAAAUCAUGUGUGCUAAUAAUGUUGAUUGUAUUAUAUUAAAAGUUUUAACUGAAAAA